AUGCUCUCGAAUAAAUUGGCUAUCGCCAGCUUAUCUCUGGGCCAACACCCUUCUCAUCACCUGGACCACAAAAUUCAGGCUGCAGCACAAGCCGGAUACAAAGGCAUUGAAAUUGUCUAUUUCGAGUUGGAAGCUUUUUCUCAAGCUCAAAAUAUUUCGAUUCUCGAGGGCGCUGAGAAGAUCCGCGUGUUAUGCCAAAAUCUCAACUUGGACAUCCUGUCUUUGGCACCUUUCGAGAAUUACGAAGGAGACAGAUCGCCUCUUAGUGACAGAUUACAGAAGGCCAAGCAUUGGAUUGCGGUCGCUAGAAUCCUUAACGCGUCAUAUUUGCAGAUUCCUUCAAAUUACAAACCAGACGCUAUCGGCGACAGAGACGUGGUCAUCAGUGAGCUAAAGCAGUUGGCUGAUAUCGGAAGCGCGGAGCAGCCGGUUAUAUCAAUUGCAUAUGAGUAUCUGUCCUGGGGAACACACUGCUCUACCUGGGAGGUCGCUUUGCAAUAUGUCAACGAAGUCAAUCGACCAAACUUCGGUCUAUGUCUAGACACGUUUCAUGAAGCUACGAAGCUAUGGGGUGACCUUUUCGCCGCGUCGGGUCGCUUCCCUGAUUCUGAUAAAGCCCUUCGUGAAUCACUUAAUCGCUUUGUUGCCAAUUGCCCCGUUGAGAAGAUAUUCUUUCUCCAGCUAUCUGAUGGCGAAAGAUUCGAUCCUCCAUUCUCCAAGGAUCACCCUUGGUUUGUCGAAGGGGAGGCGCCGCAAUUUACUUGGUCCAAACAUGCACGACCAUUUCCUUUUGAGCAUGACCAUGGUGCCUAUCUGCCUAUUGCCGACAUUGCCGAAGCUUGGAUCCUGGCGAUAGGUUUCAAAGGCUGGGUGUCAAUGGAGAUCUUUGACCGCGGCAUGCGGGAUAGGCUCAGUCAACCAGAGACUGCUGCAAUGAGGGGGAUUGAAUCAUGGAAGACUCUACAAAAAGAGCUCGAGUCUGUAUCAAAAGCAUAG